UGCCGUGGUCCUUUACCAAGACUGACGUUACCAUUUCGAUUUCAUGCGACCUGCUUCCCUAAAACAUGCCUUUGCAAAUCUUACCCGGUAAGGAGAAUGACAGCUCGGGACAAAUCUUACUCAGCGACCUUGCAUCGACGUUGUAUGGAUAUAUGAAUCGCUUUCAGCUGGAAAGCUCAAUCUCAAAUGGCAGCGGCCGAACCUUGAAGCUUCAUUGCCGUCGAAAGGCCUCUUGGCACUGAGAGGCUUACACCGGCUGAAGUCGUCAGCACUUUCCUUCUUAGAAAUCAUGUAUUUAAACUCUAGAGGCCUUUCGUCUCCUCCAUCGAAGCGGAAUUGUUUCCAGAUCAGACAACUCCUCACAUUGUUCUUACUACUCUCCUACAAUGCUAUUCUACCAACGCGCUCUUCUCAUCUCAUUUCCUGUAUUUGUCCUUGCUUCUGUCGUCUCCUCUGAUCAGCGUCUCCUCGCUACAAAAGCUUCACAAUUUGCGCCUGCGAAAUGGCAGCAUCCGGGCUAUGUUGUUGAUAAAGCGCAACUCAAUAUCGUCAAAGGCCAAGUUGCCAACAAGGCUCAGCCUUGGUCCAAUGCCUACAUCCAGAUGUUAAAGGAUGGGGACAAGUAUGGCAAAUAUGUCUCUGGAACAAGGACUUCCGAGGCAGCUUCUACUGUUUCUUGUGGACCGACGACAAAUCCAGAUAUAAAGUGUACAGAUGAACGCGGAGAUGCAUUGGCAGCUUGGGCGAAUGCGUUGGCCUGGUAUGUCAGUGGAGACACUGCUUACGCCAAGAAUGCAAUCGGCCUAAUGAAUAAGUGGUCAUACAAAAUCAAAGGCCAUGCUUUGAGCAAUGCAGUCUUACAGACGGCGUGGGCUGGAGCCUCUUGGGCACGGGCAGGCGAAUUGAUCAGACAUACGUCCAACUUAUGGGCUUCCAAAGAUAUCACUCAGUUCGAGAACAUGCUUCGCAAUGUAUAUCUUCCCCCUUGCCAGAAUGGAGAUACUCGUGCUUCGAAUUGGGAUGUCGCUUGUCUGAACACGGCAAUUGGAAUAGCAGUGUUUCUCGAAGACAGUGAUUUAUAUGACCAUGCUAUGGGGUUGUUUCAGGAGACAGUCCCUUCCGUCAUCUAUCUCGAGUCCGAUGGGUCUCUGCCCCAUGCUGCCCGUGGCUUGGACUCUAGCACCGCCGCCUUGAAAUCACGGUGGUUCAAUCAACAAAGUUGGGGACAUUCUGGACAAAGCGGACAAAUUCAAGAAACUUGCCGAGAUCUUACUCAUACCGGAUAUAGCAUCAGCAGCAUCUCGCACGUACUCGAGACCUCCCGUAUUCAAGGUCAUGAUCAAUACAGUGGAGAUCUCGGGACCAGACUUCGAUUUGCGCUCGGUUUCCAUACUCAAUUUGAGCAAGGAGUUACACCACCUUCGUGGUUGUGCCAGAACAAAGGCUUGACUAGGGAGCUAUCUAGCGUCACCGAAAUUGGGUUCAAUGCUUUAUCUUUUCGCAUGGGAAAUCCCAUGCCUAAGACUCAGACCUAUACUGAGAAAAUUCGACCCCAAGGCACAAAUGGACUCUUUUAUGGUUGGGAGACGUUGACACAUGCUGGAAACAAGGUUUGAAGGGGUGAACACCCUACUACGCGCAUGAUAGUAUACCUAGAAUGAACAAUACAAGUUAUCUCCUCCUCGUCCUCAUUAGGAAGCACCGUUCACCACAAGCAUUGAGCAUCUGACUCCCGAGGUCCGGAGCGAUUUACCAAG